AGGUGGAGUGCGAGGUGUCGAGCCAAGUGGAGUACCAGCUGCAGGCGAUCUGGGGUGUGAGCAUACGCGAGCUGCACCUCGCGCUCUGGAAGCCCUGGAGUGCCCUCAGGGACGCAUCCCUCAAUGGCACUCUGCUGCAAGGCAACGCACAAUACUUCACGCCGCCACGCAGUAGACAGCCGCACGGCGAGGAGACGCUGAGAUUGUCGCUGCCAGCGCCCGAAUUAGAAUUGGGCACGCCACCACGGCUCUGUUACCCACUUGUCAUCUUCCUCACGCGCACCGACACCAGAGAGUUACAUCCCGACGAGACGGUUGCGCUGGUGAAUGUCGUUCACAUUAAGGAUAGCGUGUGCACGCUGCCGACCUCGAUUCUCGCUCAGUAUCUGAAGCAGGCUAACGGACAGUUGUCCUGCCUCAAGCAAUUGUACCUGGCGACGGGCAACUCGACCAACUACGACGAGAUGGGCGUAUCGUCGGGUCUGGGGCCGGCGUUGGCGCUGGCCGAGCCGUGCCCGAACAACGGCAGCAACACGAGGGACGCGCUAGUGGCGUCCGGCGCCGGCGACAGCGAGGGCUCCUUGUGGAACAGCGCCGGCGAGCAGCUGUGCGUGGUCUGCCAGUACUUCCCGCUGUCGCGGGCGUUGCUGCCGUGCCGACACACCUGCAUCUGCGCCUCCUGCUUCGGCAAGCUCGAUCGCUGCCCCAUGUGCCGCAGCCCCAUCAAGAGCUACUUCUGCAUUCGCGGCGAGGAGUACAUGCCGCCCGAGAAGGAGAUCAACUCGUGCAAACAGCGCGCCAGGACGCAGGCGUCGCACUGGCUGCACGACUGGAACGAUCGGCUGACGGAUUUUUUGGGAUUCACUCGGUAGAGAGAUGCCGCCACUACGACAACGACGACGGCGACGACGACAUUGUGAUUCUUCUUUGAUUCUUUUGCUUUUCCCUUGUGAUUUUUACCGUCGAGACUACGAGCCAGCUGCGUGCGUUGGAUUUCACAUCUGAUCCCGAUUCUUCUUUUUCUUUCUGACUUUUCGUAUUUGAUUUCAUGUUCCACUGAUUGAUCUCUGUUUCGAAAUUCUGCGUGCAAACGAAAAUCGCCCCGUCGAGGAAGUAAAAAUCCAGUGUGAGAUCGUCGUUAACGAUGCGUCCCUCGUCGAGGAUUAUAUUGAUUAACGACUCACUUGACUUUCUUCUAUUUAUUAUCGAAAACUUCGUCUAGCGUUAUGAUCGUCUUUUACGUGCCAGUUUGACUAUCUCGCGUAUAACGCUGACUCCUUUGUGUUUAUUAUUGUCAAUUUUUUUUUGUAUCAUUGACUUUGGCUUAACGUCGUUUUGCAUAUCGUCACUCAGACACACACCCACCCACCCACACACACCCCACACACCCACACACACACACACACACACA